AGCUACUCAGCGCAGCAGCAUGACGAGUCCAUGAUAGCACUAGGACCCCACGGCACACGCACACUGUGGCUACGAGAACGUACAGAGAGACGUGUGGCGUCAGACGCAGGCUUUGGCGGGAUAUUCGUACACAUCAGGUCUGACGCUGCUGAGUUGCUCCGUGUCUUUACAUCCGGGUUAUCCUGGUCUGGUUCGUUUUCACCGGAGCAGCCAGUGCGGGAGGUGAAGUGAGGAAACAGACACCAGCGGGGUAAAUACAGGGGUUCUUUGUGCAAAAUGGCUAUGCAAGCGCAAUAUGAAGCAUCAACAGAAGAAGAAUCUUUUGGGCCUCAAGCAAUAUCCCGGCUUGAGCAAUGUGGAAUUAAUGCAAAUGAUGUGAAGAAGCUGGAGGAAGCUGGGUUUCAUACAGUAGAGGCAGUUGCUUAUGCCCCCAAAAAGGAACUUCUUAAUAUAAAAGGAAUUAGUGAAGCCAAAGCUGACAAAAUCCUGGCAGAAGCUGCUAAACUUGUUCCCAUGGGAUUUACUACAGCAACGGAAUUCCACCAGAGACGCUCUGAAAUCAUCCAGGUUUCCACAGGCUCAAAAGAACUGGACAAGUUAUUGCAAGGCGGUAUUGAAACAGGGUCUAUUACAGAGAUGUUUGGAGAGUUCCGCACAGGAAAGACUCAGCUGUGCCACACUCUUGCAGUGACUUGUCAGCUGCCCAUUGAUAGAGGUGGUGGUGAAGGGAAAGCCAUGUACAUAGAUACAGAAGGCACCUUUCGACCAGAACGGCUUCUUGCUGUUGCUGAAAGGUAUGGCCUAUCCGGCAGUGACGUUCUUGACAAUGUGGCUUAUGCUCGGGCCUUCAACACAGACCAUCAGACCCAGCUUUUAUACCAAGCAUCAGCUAUGAUGGCAGAGUCUAGGUAUGCACUGCUCAUUGUGGACAGUGCCACUGCACUCUACAGAACAGAUUAUUCUGGCAGAGGUGAACUCUCUGCACGACAGAUGCACUUGGCUCGUUUCCUGAGGAUGUUGCUGCGACUUGCAGAUGAGUUUGGAGUAGCUGUUGUAAUCACCAACCAGGUGGUAGCGCAAGUAGAUGGAGCCGCAAUGUUUGCAGCGGAUCCUAAAAAACCCAUUGGAGGAAAUAUCAUAGCUCAUGCAUCCACGACAAGAUUGUACCUAAGAAAAGGCAGGGGAGAAACCCGUAUCUGCAAGAUCUACGACUCCCCUUGCCUGCCUGAGGCGGAGGCCAUGUUUGCUAUUAACGCUGAUGGGGUAGGAGAUGCCAAGGAUUGAGAUUUACACAAUCCCCACUUUCACAGACGGCAGGCUUUUGUCCAGUCUAAUGCAAGCUGCCGGCGCCAGGGACGUGGACUAAGAGUAAUGAAUGGAAACUUGAGCUUUGUAAUCAGGAAUUUUUAUAGAUAUAGAACCCGCCUUUUACAGCGUAUUUAAGUAUGUUGUGCCCAACAAACAGUACAACUAAAAUUUAGCACAAUUUUUGCACCGUGUAUGGAUUAACUCUAAAUUGCAUUUCUUAGCUAUCCUAAUCUGUAUUACCGGGUUUCUAGAAUACUGUCUGGAAUACACAAACUAUCAAGAUACAUUGUUUUACUUUGGUGCCAAAGGUUAAACUUAUCUUAUUUCUAGCUAUCCAACACUGGCAGAAAUGUAAUGCCAUUAUUGCCAUACUAUAGUUUCUGGGAAAGAACAAACACAUAGCUAUCAUAAAUCAUAUACAAAAAUGUGACAAGUGAAUUUUUGCUUACGGAAAAGUACUCAAGUGUUCCACUCCAAGCUUUGUAAUAUAAGCGUGUAUAUAUACCUGUAUUAUAGUAAUGAAUCCAUGUUUUUUUGUUUGUUUUUAGUUCUGUUGUGUAAUAAGUGUAUAUAUGGAUAUAUGAUUUGAAAAUAAACUGCUUAAUCAUUUCA